UUUGUACUUAGCCACAACAAAAUUCUCACGAUCUAUAUCUCUUUCCGAGAGAUCAGAGAGGGAGAAUAAUUCCAAAUUUAGAAGAAUGGGAGUUCGGGAACUGCUCGGAGACCAAUCCAUGGACUUACCUAUUACGGUGGAGGCCAGAACUACAAAUCAAAUCCCGAACAAUAUCAGUACGGACAAGAAAAUUGAUACCACCAUGCAAAAACUGCCAGAGUUGUCUGAAUUGUUAGAACAAUUGAAGGAUGAUCGUUACGGGUACCAUGAAAAUUCAGAUGAGGGAUUGUUGCAUCCAGAAGAUAAGGAGUACUUUUGUGAAACUUUCGGUAUAACUGGUGUUCGCCCGGUGUUUGUAGACCAUUCUGGGAUGGUUGUUAUGAUGUUGGAUUCUCGUGGCAUUAUGUUCAAGUGGAAUGAUAUGGAACAUAGCAUGUAUUAUAUGGGAAGAAAUCUGAAGGAAGGUCUUGCGAACCACCUCUACUAUCCAGAGAAUAUAUGUGCUAUCGUAGAGAGCACUGGCGAACUGAUACCCGUAAAGGAACUUAAAGCUCUUGUAGAGGAACAAGAUUUAGCUGAGCCGAUAAAA